AUGGCGCUUAACGGAAAGUGCUUGAGGUGGGUAAUCAUCAUUAUCAACAUCUUAAUCGUUAUUGCUGCUGUCAUAGCAUGCGCAGUCGUCUACACACGUAUUGGUAAGACAAGCGGAACAACCGAAUACUAUAAAUUGUUCAAAGAUUCCACCGCCCUUUAUCCAUUCUUUGCCAUUCUUGCUGUCUGUGCUGCAGUUUGCAUUAUUGGUGUCUUCCUUAUUUGCUGCGAGAACCGCUGCUGGGCAAUUUUCUACGUUGUUUGUCUUUUCCUUGUUCUCAUUGUCGAAAUCAUCAUUCUCAUCUGUAUGUUUUUACUCACAAAUGUCGUCAUGGACUUUGCUGAAACAAAGUGGAACAAGGGUGUUACUGAUAAAGGUAUGGAGAACGUUACAAGAAAUAUUGAAAUUCUCCUCGAGUGCUGCUCAUUCAACCAGCCAACUGUAAGCGAAACAGUUAGAUGCCUUGCAGACACAUCAUCUCCAUACAACAAAGAAACAGAUGUUGCUAAAGCCAGUACAACAGGCUGCUACGAUGCUAUCAAGGGCAAAGUUAAGAAGAAUAUGUAUGGCCUGGCUGCUGCCGCUAUUGUUAUCAUUGUCUUCGAAUUGGCUCUUAUUGUUAUUUCCUGCAUGUACGCUUGCUGCUACAUUAACAAGAAGGUUGCUGCCGAUGCUGAUAUCACAGGCCAAACACCACAACCAUAA